GAGCUGCUACUGCUCCUCCCUCCUCCACCCUCCUCCGCCUCUUCUUCCCUCCCCUUGCCUCCAAAUUGUCUCCGUCGGAGGCGCCCGGGCACGCACGCGCGCGGAGAGGUUUGGUUUUGCGGCCACCAUGCAGGCGGCGACGGUGGCAGCGGCGGCCAACGGCGGGGGCGACGUGCAGAAGCAGCAGCAGGUGGGGGCGGCGCCGCUCCCGGCGGUGGCGGCGCUGGCGCCGCCGCCCCAUUGGGUGGCCAUGCCGUUCGCGCCGCCGGGCGCCGCGGCCAUGGUGGUGCCGCACCAGAUGGCGCCGGCGCCGCCCCACCAGUUCGCGCCGCACUUCGUGCCGUUCCACGCCGUCGCGCCGCCGCCCCCGCCGCUGCAGCCGCGCCCGGCGCACGUCGCCAUGGGCUCCCCGGCCCCCGCCGCGCAGCCCGGCCAGGAGGAGAACAAGACCAUCUGGGUCGGCGACCUCCAUUACUGGAUGGACGAGAACUACCUCCACACCUGCUUCGGCUACACCGGCGAGGUUGUCGCAAUCAAGGUUAUUCGUAAUAAGCAAACCGGGCAAUCAGAAGGAUAUGGAUUUGUAGAGUUCUACAGUCAUGCUGCAGCUGAAAAAGUACUUGAUGGUUUUGCUGGGCAUAUAAUGCCAAAUACUGACCAACCUUUUAGGAUAAACUGGGCAUCAUUUAGCAUGGGGGAUAGGCGUUCGGACAUUGCUUCAGAUCAUUCCAUAUUUGUAGGCGAUCUUGCCUCUGAUGUCAAUGAUACUGCAUUGCUAGAGACUUUCUCCAGCAGGUACUCCUCUGUCAAAGGUGCAAAAGUUGUUAUUGAUGCUAACACUGGUAGAUCCAAGGGCUAUGGCUUUGUGCGGUUUGGAGAUGAUAGUGAGAAGACAAACGCCAUGACCGAGAUGAAUGGAGUGUAUUGCUCAACUAGGCCCAUGAGGAUUGGCCCUGCAACUCCCAGAAAAUCUUCAGGUACUUCUGGAUCUACUGGUUCAUCCGCUCGAUCAGACGGAGAUUUGACAAACACAACUGUAUUUGUCGGUGGGCUUGACCCAAAUGUCAGUGAAGAUGAUCUUAAGCAAACCUUCUCCCAGUAUGGUGAGAUUUCCUCUGUGAAGAUUCCAGUUGGGAAACAGUGCGGGUUCGUGCAGUUUCUUCAGAGAAAGAAUGCAGAAGAUGCAUUGCAAGGGCUAAACGGGAGCACCAUCGGGAAACAGACCGUGCGCCUUUCAUGGGGUCGCAAUCCAGCAAACAAGCAGUUGAGGAGUGACAACGGCAACCAGUGGAACAAUGGGAUGUACUACGCGCCCUCGCCGUUCUACAAUGGGUACGGCUACCCCGCGGCACCGUUCCCUGACCCGGGCAUGUACGCUGCUGCCUACGGCGCGUACCCGGUCUACGGGAACCAGCAACAGGUCAGCUGAAGAUAGGAGGUUGACACGCCCAUCGCACGACAACCGGAGGCGCGCACGCAGUAGCUGUAGCUCUUGCUAGGGAAAGAAGGUAGACGACGACGGCUUCUUAGGUGAGCUAGAUGUAGUGACUGGUCAUGUAAAGUACAUUACUACUAUUACGAAGAACUAGCACCACUAAGACACCUAAAAUGACUCGAUCGCCAUGGUCGUCUAGCUGGAUUGUUCUAGGAAAAAAGAAGUUUUGGCCUAGAGCUGCAAUAUUAAGGUAGAACAAUAAUCUAUUCAAUAUCUUCUGUGCGGUUUCUGAUC